AUGUCGGAGAGGAAGAAUGUCUGUGACUAUCUGGCCACUUUGGGACGAGAAUCCAAGGGUGAUGGGGUGGCCUGCUCUGAUUGGCCAACAGCUUUACAGGAGUACGAAGUGGACCCUUACAUUUGGAUUGCAGGCAGCUUCAUUGAGCUACAGCCCACCAUGACGUCGCCCGCUGGUGUACGCCAACGACCUGGAAAGGAUUCCAAGAGGCCGCGCACACCGAACCCAGAGGCGCUCACCGAGGUCGUCGUGGAGAAGGCCAAGCCCUACAAGCCUGCUCAGAAGGACAGCGAGUGGGACUACAAGCUUGCGAUUACCGUCAUCACAGUGCUGGCCUUCAUUACGCGCUUCUGGGCUAUCAACCAUCCCAAUGAGGUCGUGUUCGAUGAGGUGCACUUUGGCAAGUUCGCUUCAUACUAUCUGCAACGCACCUACUUCUUCGAUGUCCAUCCUCCUCUCGGCAAACUCCUCUUCGCAUUGGCUGGCUGGCUGGUUGGUUACAAGGGCGAGUUCCUGUUUGACAAUAUUGGCGACUCCUACAUUACCAACAAAGUUCCCUAUGUCGCAUACCGUGCCAUGCCCGCCACGCUCGGUUCCCUUACGGUCCCCAUCGUCUUCAGGAUCAUGUGGGAGUCGGGAUACUCGCUGCCAGCCUGCAUCACAGCAGCGGGCCUCAUGCUCUUUGACAAUGCCCACAUUGGUCAGACACGCUUGAUUCUCCUCGACGCUUCGCUCAUCUUCUUCAUGGCCCUCUCCGUCCUCAGCUACAUUCGUUUCUACAAGCAGCGUCACCAGGCCUUCAGCCGCACAUGGUGGAAGUGGCUGCUCUUGACUGGCAUCAGUCUGAGCUGCGUCAUCUCCGUCAAGUAUGUCGGUGUUUUUACAUUCUUCUCUGUUGGUGUCCCGGUUUUGAUUGACUUGUGGGACCUUAUGGAUGUCAAUCGUCGCCAGGGUGCCUUGACUCUCUACGACUUUGGCAAGCAUUUUGCAGCUCGAGCUGUUGGCCUGGUCGUUGUCCCAUUCUUGCUGUAUCUCUUCUGGUUCCAGGUCCACUUCACCAUCCUCAACCGUUCCGGCCCAGGCGAUGAUUUCAUGACCCCACAGUUCCAAGAGACUUUGAGCGACAACAUUAUGAGUCUCCAGUCCGUUGGUAUCAACUACUAUGAUUCCAUCACGGUGCGCCACAAGGACACCAAGGUCUACCUGCACAGUCACCCAGAUCGAUACCCUCUGCGUUACGAAGAUGGCCGUGUCUCUUCCCAGGGACAGCAAGUCACAGGAUAUCCCCACAAUGACACCAACAACCACUGGCAAAUUCUUCCCUCAAAGCCUCUGAAGAGUGAGGUCGGCCAGCGCGUCCAGGUCGGCGACGUCAUCCGUCUCCGCCACCUCAUUACCGAUACAUAUCUAUUGACACACGAUGUUGCCUCUCCUUACUACCCCACCAACCAGGAGUUCACCGCUGUGCCCAAGGAGGAGGCGAAUGAGUCGCGCUUCAAUGACACCUUGUUCGAGAUCAAGGUGGACAAAGGCAAGGGGGAAUUCAAGACCAUGUCUACCCACUUUAAGCUCGUCCACGUGCCCACCAAGGUUGCCAUGUGGACCCAUACCACACCGCUCCCGGACUGGGCUUACAAGCAGGCUGAGAUUAACGGUAACAAGAAUGCCCAGCAAUCUAGCAACAUCUGGUACGUUGAUGAUAUUCCGUCUCUCCCGGCCGACGAUGAGCGCAACAAGAAGCAAGUCAAGCAGGUGAAGCACCUCAGUUUUCUCCGCAAGUGGAUCGAGCUCCAGCGUGCCAUGUUUCACCACAACAACGCUCUGACGAGCUCUCACCCAUACGCUUCGCAACCCAUCUCUUGGCCGUUCCUCCUCCGUGGUGUGUCUUUCUGGACCCAAAACGACACUCGCUCGCAAAUCUACUUCCUUGGUAACCCACUUGGUUGGUGGCUUGCCUCUUCGCUCCUUGCCGUGUUUGCUGGUGUCAUUGGUGCUGACCAGUUGGCUCUCCGCCGUGGCGUGGAUGCUCUAGAUCAACGCACCCGAUCGCGUCUGUACAACUCGACUGGCUUCUUCUUCCUCACAUGGGCAGCUCACUACGUCCCCUUCUUCAUCAUGGGCCGCCAACUUUUCUUGCACCACUACCUCCCAGCGCAUCUCGCGUCGUGCCUUGUCACUGGUGCUCUAGUCGAGUUCAUCUUCUGCAUUGAACCGCAAGACGCCGAGGCCGCCGCUGCCAUCAAGGGCCACCGCAGGACUCGUUCUCGUCCUGUUCGUGAGCGCGUCGCUUCCUCCAGCCAAAUGGGCAGCUGGAUUGCUACUGGUGUCGUUCUAUCCUUGGUGGCAUGGAGCUUCUUUUACUUUGCGCCGCUCACCUACGGCGCUCCAGGUCUCACCGUUCCCCAGGUCAACGCCAGGAAGUGGCUCGGAUACGACCUACACUUUGCAAAAUAG